AUGGAGGGGACGGCCGUGGCUGUCUGCGAGAAACUGCGGGAAAAUCUGAACAGAGGGAGAACAAUACUGAAAUAUUUAAUUAUUCACUGGAGGUGUGAAACAGCAAGAAUAUCAAAGGGAGCAUUGCUAGAAGGAGAGCUAGUGAUUUCCAUAGAAGCAUUAAAUUCUAAGCACCAGGCAAAUACUCUUCAUUGUGUAACAACUAUUGCUUCUGCAGGAAGCAUUUUUGGCGGUUUGGUCCUCAAGAAGUUCCUAAAAGGAAUACAGUCUAUACUGCCUGGACUCUCUGCAGAGCUGAGCUGGACUUCAGAGGAAACCAGCUAUUCUCAGGACGUGUCAGGGGUAACACCCUUCCAGAUGAUUUUUGAGGUUCAUGAAAAGCCCAGAACUUUGAUGACAGAUAGCCUGGUUAUAAAGAAUUUUUUACGCAAAAUCAUCACUGUGCUCCCCAAGAUUAGAUUUAAUUUUAGUGUAAAGGUGAAUGGAAUCCUCUCCAUGGAGAUCUUUGGGGCAGAGAAUGAACCUACUCUGAACCUGUCAAAUGGAAUUGCGCUUGUCGUAAACCAUCAGCAUUAUGUGAGUACACCAAAAUUUGGUACAACUGAAUUACUCUGCAGCAGAAUCCAUCCUGUGCUAGGACAUCCAGUAAUGCUCUUCAUCCCUGAUGAUGUGGCUAAAAUGGGCUUGUUGGGGGAGCUGAUACUGACUCCAGCUGCUGCUCUCUGUCCUUGCCCAAAGGUCUUUUCCAACCAGCUGAAUAGGAUUUCUUCAGCUUCCAUAUUUCUAUAUGGACCUUCAGGUCUGCCUCUGAUAUUGCUAAAUCCGGAGCAGCCAACUUCUAGUAUCUUCAAAGAUACCUCUUAUUUCAUUAACUGGAAGAAAUACCACUUGUGUAUGGUGCCCAAUUUGGAUUUCAAUUUAGAUAGAGAUUUGGUGCUUCCAGAUGUGAGUUAUCAGGUGGAAUCCAGUGAGGGGGAUCAGACUCAGAAUAUGGACCCCCAGGGACAAACUCUGCUGCUUUUUCUCUUUGUGGACUUCCACAGCGGAUUUCCAGUCCAGAAAAUGGAACUCUGGGGAGUCCACACUUUGCUCACAACUCAUCUCAGUGCCAUUCUCAUGGAGAGCCACAGUGUGGUGCAAGAUUCCAUCCAGGUCGCUGUGGAUCAGGCCUUGGAGCAGCAUCACCAGGCUGUCAAGGCUCAUCAGAAACUACAGGCCUCACUCUCAGUGGCUGUGAAUUCCAUCAUGAGUAUCGUGACUGGAAGCACCAGCAGCAGCUUCCGAAAGACAUGCCUCCAGACGCUUCAAGCAGCUGACACACAGGAAUUUGGGACCAAGCUGCAUAAAUCAUUUCAUGAGAUCACCCAGAACAGAUUUCUUCACCACUGCUCACGUGAGGUGAAGCAGCAGCUGCUCCCAGAGAAAAAUAAUGCAGAGCAGAGCACAGAGGAUGCACAUGAGAACAGCAGCCUGGAGCUCCUUGCAGGGACCAGCGGGCAAGUAGAAAACAAGAGUCUCAGAAGAGGCAGCCUCUGCCAAGGAGUGGAGGAGACGCGGGCUUUCCGCUCCCCUCGGGCCCUGAACCCGUCAGAGGCCGCCUUGGGCCGCGCGGAACCCACCGCGGCUCCCCUGACCCCUAGCAGAAACAGGACGGGCCCCAGGAGCGGCCUGGAGGACGCGCUGUGGCUGCAGGAAAUCUCCAAUCUGUCCGAGUGGCUGAGUCCCGGCUCUGCGUCCUGA